UUUCUUCUUCUUUGCAGCAGAGCUUUACCUUUUGACCAUUAUGUCCUAUGACCGCUACGUGUCCAUCUGCAAACCUCUGCACUAUGGGACCCUCCUGGGCAGCAGAGCUUGUGCCCACAUGGCAGCAGCUGCCUGGGCCAGUGCCUUUCUCAAUGCUUUGCUGCACACAGCCAAUACAUUUUCCCUGCCCCUGUGCCAUGGCAAUGCCCUGGGCCAGUUCUUCUGUGAAAUCCCACAGAUCCUCAAGCUCUCUUGCUCACAGUCCAACUUCAGGGAACUUGGGCUAAUUGCUGUUAGUGUGUGUUUAGCUUUUGGCUGUUUUGUGUUCAUUGUUUUCUCCUAUGUGCAGAUCUUCAGGGCUGUGCUGAGGAUCCCCUCUGAGCAGGGACGGCACAAAGCCUUUUCCACCUGCCUCCCUCACCUGGCUGUGGUCACCCUGUUCAUCAGCACUUCAUUUUUUACAUACCUGAAGCCCCCCUCCAUGUCCUCUCCAUCCCUGGAUCUGGCCCUGUCAGUUCUGUACUCGGUGGUGCCUCCAAGCUAG